GAGUGGCUGGUGGAGGAUGGUGAGGGGAGGCUGGGGAAGGUGGCUAAGAUGAGGAACUGGGGCAUAGAGACACGUGGUGUACAUGCGGAUGCGCAGGCACCCGGCAGGGAAACCCUGCCACUUGUCCUAAUGCCUCCCUCCUGUAUUUUGCACUCACACCCCACUCUAAACUUUGCGAAGUGCUGCCAGAGUUUACCAGAUCCUCACAGGGUUGCUGUGAAGCAGGCUGGGCGAGGAAGGGGCUCUAGACCAGACUCAGAAAACCAGGACCACGUUACUCGUUUGUCGUGGCUGACGUUGGGCUUGUGCCCCCGAGCCUUGCUUCUGUGUCUGGCGACAGUGCAGCUGCAGAAAUGUUAGGAGUGACUGUCUCCUCCAGAGACGAGAGAAAGGAGGGGUUCACGAAAACAGAGUAAGAUGCCCAAGGUCACAGAGGUAAACACAACUCACCUCAUCUCCAAGAACCCUCACUUUCCUUUCCUUUCUCUCCUAAAAACGUUUGUCUAUUAAGUUUAUAUGGAUAAAUGAGCUCCCAGCUUCACGAAUUGAUUUAUUUUCCUCUAUGGUUACUUGGCAAUCUGAGGAUUUAACUUUUGAAGUUUUGUUUUUUUUUAACUGAAAAAAUUCCUCUAAUGACUCGGGACAUCUAGAAAUUUGUAAUUUUCUUUGGCAUGAAUUUUAACAGUACAUGCAUAGACCUUGAAAUCUGGAAUGGUUAUUUACCUACUGACUGAACAGCAGCUACCACUUAUUGCUGCAUCUUAAUACUUGCACUUUAUACAGAAGAGUAAAUGGAACGUGGGUUUUUGAGAAUUUGAUGAUACACAGGCAUGUUAGAUCAUAUCGCUUGACAGUAUCAAAGUUUACCAUUUUUAAUAUCAAUGGUGGUUACAUUAAAUGGUAAAAUGGAGAUGUCAGAAACUUAUAAUUAAAAUGUUUUGAUUUAAAGCUUACAAUCUAAGUCUGGUUAUUUAUUUACAAAAAAAAAAUGCCAAAGAUUUUCAGCACGCUGACAGCAGGUGGUCUAUGGUAGUGUUUUUGUCCUUUUAGCCCAGAAGACAUUUUCAUUUGUCAGAAAUCUUCCUUCAGGGCCCCCGAAGAGCUUAAAGUACAACACAGUAAGUAAGAGUGUGGAAAUGAUGGAUAAAUGCAGAGAAAGGGAGCCAAGCCCAUUGCAUCAUCUGACAGUGGAAGGCUCUGAUGUCAUCCCUCGUGUCUGCACAGCCAUCGGGAACCACAGAAACGCUUGCUGUAUCACAGCCUCAUUUAGGCGCCAUCAUGUUUCCUCUUGUGUUUGCUCCAGGGAGGAUGGUGGAUUUUCCGGGAUACAGUCUGUCUGGCGUAGCUGCCUCCUUCCUCUUUGUAUUGCUCAGCAUGAGGCAGUCAGAUGACUUCAGAGUGAUUGGUUCCGCCCGUCCUGUCCUGGCCGUGGUCGGAGAAGAUGCCGUCCUGACCUGUCAGCUCCUUCCCAGGAGAACCGCAGCGCACAUGGAAGUGCGGUGGCACCGCUCAGAGCCCAGCACACCUGUGUUCGCGUACCGGGACGGAGCUGAGGUGACGGGGACACAGAUGGAGGGAUACAGAGACCGGGCAGAGUGGAUACAGGACAACAUUGCUGAGGGAACCGUGGCUCUGAAGAUUCACAGCAUCCAACCAUCCGACGAUGGGCAGUACUGGUGCCGCUUCCAAGAGGGAAACUACUGUGGGGAGACAAGCUUGUGGCUCAGAGUAGCAGGUCUGGGGUCCGCCCCUUACAUCCACAUGGAGGGAUCUGUGGAGAAUGGAGUCCAGCUUGUGUGCACUGCAAAAGGCUGGUUCCCAGAACCUCAGGUUUCUUGGCAAGACAUCACGGGAGAAAAGUUGCUGACUGUCUCUGAGCAUCACGUCCAAGAUGAAGAUGGCUUGUACUAUGUGGAAAGCACUCUCGUGGUCAGGAAUCCCCUUCCAGAGGCCGUGUCCUGCUUCAUCCACAACCCCACGCUCACUGAGGAGAAGGGGUCACAUAUCUCCAUCCCAGAGAAACUGCAGGCGGAGCUCGCUUCCUUAAAGGUGAUUGGACCUUCCCAGCCCAUCCUGGUCAGAGUGGGAGAAGACAUACGAUUAACCUGUUCCCUGUCCCCUAAGACUAAUGCACAGAGCAUGGAGGUGAGGUGGGUCCGAUCCCACCGCUAUCCUGCUGUUUAUGUCUACAUGGAUGGGGACCAUGUGGCUGGAGAGCAGAUGGCCGAGUACAGAGGCAGGACUGUAUUGGUGAGCGAUACCAUCAAUGAGGGGAGGCUGACCCUGCAGAUAAACAAUGCCAGAAUUUCAGAUGAUGGACAGUACCAGUGCCUUUUUGAAAAAGAUGGUGUCUACCAGGAAGCCAAUCUGGAUCUGAAGAUCGUAGGUCUUGGUUCUUCCCCUCUGAUCUCCGUGGAGGAAUGGAAGGAUGGAGAAAUAAAGCUACUGUGCACUUCAGAAGGGUGGUUCCCACAGCCCCAUGUACAGUGGAGGGACGUGGAAGGAAAGGCCAUACCAUCGUUUUCCCAGGACCUGACUCAAGGCAGCCACGGGCUAUUCCGCGUGGAGGCGUUUCUACUGAUCACAAACAGCUCCACUGUGAACGUGACCUGCUCCAUCAGCAACCCCCUUCUCGGUGAGGAGAAAGUGACAGCUUUCUCUCUUUCAGGUUAG